CAAACCGUCCGGAGCCACUGCCUAUCAUAUUAUGUAAACUGAAGACUGCAGUUAUUGCUAAUUUUUAAUAUUAUUGAAAACAGUCGUAAGCAAGAUUAUUAAUCGUCAGCGGUUAUUAACAGGUUCUGCGAUAGAGAUACAAAGUACAGAGAUGUUGUCAACAAUCAGAAGCAUAAAAUUAAAAUGGAGCCCAAUUUUUACACGAACUAUUCAAACUUUUCCAUGUUUAAAACACGACACUAUGUUUGUACAUAGAGAUACUCCAGAAGAUAAUCCUGAUAUUCCCUUUGAAUUUACUGAUGAUAAUAAAAAAAGAAUACAAGCAAUUUUAGGGCUUUAUCCUGAAGGUCAUAAAAGAGGAGCCAUGAUGCCCUUAUUAGAUCUUGCUCAGAGACAAGUUGGUGGGUGGUUACCGUUGUCUGCUAUGCAUAAAGUUGCUGAAAUAUUAAAUUUACCUAGAAUGAGAGUAUAUGAAGUAGCUACAUUUUAUACAAUGUUUAUUAGAAAACCUGUUGGCAAAUAUCAUGUUCAAGUAUGCACCACAACUCCAUGUUGGUUAAGAGGUUCAGAUGAAGUGCUAAAUACUAUUAAGAGUGAAUUAAAUAUAAAGGUAGGAGAAACAACCACUGAUAAAUUGUUUACACUCUCUGAAGUAGAAUGUUUAGGUGCUUGUGUUAAUGCACCUAUGGUCCAAAUUAAUGAUGAUUAUUAUGAAGAUUUGACUGUAGAAGAUACUAAAUCAAUUUUAAAUGAUUUAAAGCUUGGGAAAAGACCUGCACCAGGGCCAAGAAGUGGAAGAUAUGCAUGUGAACCAAGAGGAGGAUUAACAUCACUCACCAGUGAGCCACCCGGUCCAGGUUUUAAAGUUAGGCCCGAUUUAUAAGUAUUAUAAAUUUUCUGUAAAUUUUAGUUAUAUAGUACAAUAAAAAUGGAAGUUAACUGAAUGGUGCUAACGUUUAUCGAAACUACACUUCAGAUAUGUACACUACAGGAUAAAUGGUUGUAUAAAGUAAAAUUUGUUGGU